AUGUUAAUACCUUUCAAUAUAACUUGCAAGGGUUUGUCAUUCCGUUUCUUUAUAUUCUGGAUCAUCAUAGAUAGCGACGGAAACAUACUAAGUGAAGAUAGUGCAAUACUAAAGAGUUGGCAGGAAUAUUUUACGGCUUUGUUAAAUGUGGCAGAGCAGCCCGUCGAUUUAGCCGGCGAAAUAAAUUUGCAAAGAGAUUCAUCAUCAACCUAUGCACUGCUCUCAACACAAGAAGUUGAAUUGGCGAAUUCUAAUAAUAAUGAUAAUGUGGAUGAUGCUGAUGUCAGUGAUGCCUGUACCGCUACAGCUACAGCUACUGCUGAUGCUGCUGGUGAUGAUGAGGAUGAUAAUUGGGCGUUUACAAUGUCUGACCGCAAUGUGUUGCAAUUUAUUUUUUGA